AUGUCAACUCGUCCAGCUCUAUCUACAGGACGUAAAAUCGCAAUAUCCGGCAUUGUCACGUUCACCACUGCCAUGUCCGCCGCUGGACAGAUGGGUCUCACCAUCGCCCUUCCCAAGAUCCAGACCGAAUUGAAUAUGUUGGCUACGGAUUUACAAUGGAUUCAAUCAGCUUACACUUUGACCAACGGCUGUUUUCUACUUCUCAGUGGAAGGAUAGCCGAUGUUUACGGUCGAAAAUUGGUGUUCAUAGUUGGCGUAGCUUGGUAUGCUAUUUGGUGUCUCAUUGGAGGUUUCAUGAAGAAUGGUGUGGGGUUAAUCAUCACUCGGGCUUUGGCGGGUGUAGGAGCUGCGAUUUCAACACCAAGUGCUAUCGGAAUCAUUGCUGCAAACUUUGAAGGUCGAGCAAGAUCCACAGCCUUUGCCUCCUUUUCAGCUGGUGCACCCAUCGGAGCAGGUUUCGGGUUGGUUCUCGGUGGUGUGUGUACUGCCUUUGCACCGACCACAUGGAGAGCUUGUCUGUGGUGUUUAGCCGGUAUCAGUGUACCGCCAGUCGUACUUGGAUGGUUCUUCAUUCCUCCGGAUCAUAUACUGCCCACCGGAAAAGAUAGAUCGAUCGAUUGGGUAGGAGCGACGAUGGUCACUUGUGGAUUGGUAUUGCUUCAGUUCGUACUUACCGACGGACUGUCUGCUCCUCAUGGUUGGCGAACGGGAUAUAUCAUAGCCCUUCUCAUCCUCGGAGUUGCCCUCAUAGUUGCAUUUUUCUUCUGGGAACAAUACGUGGUCACACGUACCAGCAAACCCCCACUCACGAGUCCGAAAUUAUGGACAAGGGCGAGUGGAAAACUGGCUUCUGUUUACUUUAUUGGAUUUGCUACCUGGAUGUGUUUCGCCUCUCUGUUCUAUCAUGCCACAUUAUUCUAUCAACAAGUCCAAGAUCUCAGUCCUAUCGGUGCAAUGUUACGAUUCCUUCCUUGUCCUAUCUCUGGUGUAUUGUGUAAUAUCAUCGUUGCCGGGCUCAUCGCUUCUGUACGGACUCAGUGGAUUGUCUGUGUGGGGACUCUGUCAACAGGUAUAGCUAGCAUACUCUUCGCCCUCGCUCCACCCGGAGGGAUAUAUUGGGCUUAUCCAUUCAACGGCAUGUGGUCAUGUGUCCUCGGAGCGGAUUUUCUCAUGGCAACAGGAUCCAUCUUUGUAUCCGCCCUUUCCCUUCAAUCUGAACAAUCCGUAGCUGGUGCUCUCUUCCAAACUCUCGUUCAACUCGGCGGAUCAUUCGGAUUAGCAUUCACGACACUCAUCAAUCAAUCGAUUUACGACGAUCGUAUCUCCUCUGGUAUUUCGGAAUCUUUGGCUUUGCUUGAUGGUCUGCGUGUGGCGUUUUGGUUAGGUGCGGCUUUCUGUUUUCUCGCUUUUUUGGUUGCGGCCAUCAUGCUGCGUGGGAUGGGGAAGAUUGGGAAGGGGGUGAAACGGAAACAUGAUAAGGAAGGAAAGCUGGGUGAGGGUGAUCAUGAUCGGUAUGUGGAGAGUAAGAGUAGGAUGGAUGAGUCUGAGACGUCUGACGUAAAUGGGCUAGAGGCCGUAGGGGAUGAGAAGAAUAGAGGAAACAAGCAAUAG